CCCCACCUUUCUGUGGUGCAACGAAUAAAAGUUAGAGAGAGAAACUCAACAAAAAUAUACUAACACCCCCAUUAAAGCUUUUAAAUUUUUCUUAGUCUUUGCUGUUCUUCUUCCCUUCUUGUAGUAGCAUUUUGGGUUUUUGCACUCUUUCUCUCUCUCUUUCUCCUCUCCUCUAUCAAAUCUCAUAUUGAAAGGUCACUUCUUCUGCUCUGAGUUUUCGUCUUUUUCUUGCUAAUCCUCUCUCUUUUGAGGGACAAACAGAGAUAGAGAGCAGUCUUUUCUUGCACCGAUGAGGAUCAGGAAAAGAAAGGUUCCGUUUCCUCUCUCGUCUCUUUCUCCCGUCCCUCUUUCAGAUCCCCACUUGAGCCGUUCUCCUUCAGACCAACUUCAACUACUGCAAAGCAGCCCACAUCAGAAUUUCUCCCCACAAGAUGCUAAAGCUUCCUUCUUUGUUUCCCAGUCGUCUGAUCAACCCAAUUACCCGAUCGGAGCCCAUGAUUGUUCUGAUGGUUCUUGGAAGGAAGAAGAAAAGAAGGUUUUGAUGCAAGAGGGAGAGGAGAAAGGGGGAGAAGGAGAGAAGAGUAAUGAUACGAGGGGAGGAGUUUUCCUGGGUGCAAAAACACCAACUAUGGCUUUUCAACGAUCAACUUCUUUCCACCAAGAUGGGAGAUGGUGUGAGGGUGAGAAAGCAUUUCCAUUCAAAAAGAGAAGAGGGAGCUUCGAAAGGAGAUCAAAGGAAGAAACCUUGGUGGAGAAAGAUAAGAAAAUGAAGACCAAGAUGAACAAGAAAUGCAUGCAAAGAAAUGGCAAUGAAGACGGAGAAGAAGUUGGAGAUAAGGAAACCAAAGAAGGGGUACAUGUUGAUCAUAGACGUAGUUCCAGUACGAAAAAGAGGGUUCGAGGUGGUGCACUUAUGGAGGGAUCGAGGUGCAGUAGAGUCAAUGGGAGAGGAUGGAGGUGUUGCCAACAAACACUUGUGGGAUACUCUCUUUGUGAACAUCACUUGGGCAAAGGAAGGCUGAGAAGCAUGACCAGCGUUAGAAGCAGAUCCAUGGCUAAAACUGCGACAAGUAAGGAGUCGUCCCAGCCAUUAUCGAGCCCUUCAUUGUCACUAGCAGUAGAAGAAACAAAAGGGAUCCCCAUAUCUUUUGGCGAUAAAGUAAUUGGGGCUGUACAUGGAGAUGAAGAACUGAUCAAGAAGCCAUUGAUGAUGGCCAAGAAAAAACAGAAGCUUGGUAUGGUGAAAGCUCGAUCAAUAAGCAGCUUGCUGGGCCAAGCAAAUAAUGCAAUUGAAUUGUCAGAGAAUGACGAGUAGGGCAUGCAGGAGGCCAACCAUGGAGACAGAAACAGAGAGGAUUGAUUAUUUCAUGUUCUUGUGUGAAAAUUUAGAUUGGAGGUUGUAUUGCGCCUUAGUGCAACUAUUGUAAGUUCCCUUUUGCUUUAAGAUUCUAAUGAAGAUCAGUAAAUAGUUGUUUUGGUA